AUGCAACCGAAAAUUGACGACAGCGCGCCGUCAGCAGCGGCAAGGACUACAACAUCGACGUCGCGGAGAAGCAGCUGGGAUGAAAACGAGGACUCGCUGUUGACUUCGUCGACAGCUUCACUGCAAUCGCCGCAGGAUAAGUCCAGAAGGUCGGGACCAGGUCCUGGUCCUGGACUACUGAUUUUUCCCGGCACCGCGCAAAGACAUCAGCAUAAUCCAAAUGGCAGCACGGCCAGCAAAACAAUUGCGAAAGCUAAUGAUGGGAACGUGGCCAUUAAUCAGCAAGGACCCAACAGGAGCAUUCGCUCCUUUCGUCGUCCGCCACUAUGGCAACCACCACAAAAGGAUGACGAUGAGGAGGAGGAGAAGCAGGACCUAGAUCGGGAAAAGCCGAGGGACAGCCACGGUGCCUGCCUGGCCAAAGUGCAGGCUUUCAUAAUCGAGUUCCUGCAAGGCUCCUCCAUACACGGAUUCAUUUAUUUGGCCAAGCUAGGCCUGAAUUUCGUCGAACGCAUGCUCUGGUUUGCAUUCAUCUGCGUGGCUUUAUUCAGCAUCAUCUCGUUGAGCAAGCGAACCUGGCAUCGCUUUCAGACCUCGCCAAUGGUUAUAUCCAUGGAUCGGAAUAAGCUGGUCUGGAACACGAGCUUUCCAUCACUGACAGUGUGUCCGCAUAAGCGGAUCGAUGAGUUGAAAGUGGAGGACUAUAUACUUGCCCAUCCCGACCAAUUCUUGUCCGAGGAGGAUCAAGAGGAUUUCCGUGAUUUUAUUGUGAAACUUGCCAGUCUCACUUACGACAACUUGGAGACACUGCCGCUGAACAAAUCGUAUGGGAUUCCGAGUAGCAAGUACUUGGACCUCCUCUACGAAUUGAAAUGGGCCUUCGAGCCGGAAAUCAGCAGCGGCGCCGCCGUCAAAAUGUUCAUAUACGAGACGCAUACGGAGUUUGGGAUUUGCCAUUCAGUCAACUCGCUGGUGGCUCGCUACAACUCCUUCGACUAUUGGCGUUCCGGAGAUUGGAGCCUGUUGGACCACGGGGACAGGGUCACAGUUCAUCCGCUGGAUGGCGAGAUCUACGCGCAGAUUAUCAACCUUUCGACGGCCUACGAUGUUUAUUUUCAUGGUGCUGGGGAUGUGCCGAGCAUCUCGAAGCAGAGGUAUACCUUCCCGGAGAGUGACUAUACCACAGUGGAACUGAUUGCCCUGGAGAUCUAUACUAAUGAGGAGGCCAGAGCCACCAAACAAAGGAGCUGUCGCUUCAACUACGAGGCCGAGGAAAUGAUGACGGUGCCCAUCUAUAGUUUCGGCCUCUGCCUCUCCGAGUGCAGAAUGUUUUUCGCUCUGCAGGUCUGCGGAUGCGUUCCGCACUUCUACCGGAACCUCUGUGGGUAUAAUCAUAUUUUUGGGACACAGAUACGAAAUGGUCGAAGGUUGCCUGUUUGCGGGCUGGAGGGCAUCGGUUGCCUGGUCAAAAUUAAACGCGAGAUAAUUUCAUUGAAAUCGGACAAAUACAAAAUCAAUUGCAAUUGUUUGGCCAACUGUGAUGACUCCAACUUCUUUGUGCAAUCCUACCGCUCGCGUGUCUGGUUUCUGGGCGCUAAUCUCCAAUGGGGUAUUUUGGAACAUCCCAAGAUGCAACUCCGGCGGGACGUCCUCUUCUCCUUCGCCGAUGUUUUGGUAUACAUUGGCGGCCUUGUCGGAUUUUUCUUGGGCUGCAGUGCCCUCAGUUUCACGGAAAUUAUCUACUACUUUACGGCACGAUUCGUGCGGCGCAUGUUUUGCAACUAA